AGAGUUCAUGCUUCUUGUGCGUCACUGUGGUUAAACCUCAGACUUUAAAAGCUUCUGCAAAACAGACGUUUUCCAGACGGCGCCAAAAACAACGUGAAAGUGAUCUUAGUGAUCGGGAAGACAGCAGACAGCAGCUCAUCUCUAUUACUACUCGCUUUUUUCUCCUAGAUAGUAGAAAACAUAGGAGAUCAACGAUGAACAUAACCGAGCUUGUGACAGCAUUCGCUGAAAAUAUGACUUCAGAAUAUGAUUAUGAUGAAUUUUCUACAACUAUGGGUGAUUAUGAGGAUGGGGCAGUGUGUGACAGAUCUGCAGUGCGACAGUUUCGAAGCUACUAUGAACCUGCUUUCUAUUGGAUAAUUGUCAUUCUGGGAGCCAUUGGCAACUUUCUGGUGGUCUGGAUAUACACACACUUCGCAAACCGCCUGAAGGCGAUGACGGAUGUUUACCUUCUGAACCUUGCUCUGGCAGAUAUGUUCUUCCUCUGCACUCUGCCCUUUUGGGCCGCCGAUUCCAUCUAUGGCUGGACCUUUGGCUUGGCUCUCUGCAAAAUCGUCUCUGCCGUUUACAAAAUCAACUUCUUCAGCAGCAUGUUUCUACUUACCUGCAUCAGCGUCGACCGCUAUAUAGUGAUUGUCCAGACGACCAAGGCGCAAAACUCCAAGAGGGUCCGUCUAUUGUACAGCAAGCUCAUUUGUGUUUUAGUCUGGAUCCUGGCAGCCUUGUUGUCCAUUCCAGAGUUUCUCUUUGCCCGUUCGAAAGAAGACGACGAAGGCAAUCGCUUUUGCACCAUGGUCUACUGGAACAAUGAAAACAACCGUACUAAAAUACUGGUCUUGGCUCUCCAGAUCUGCAUGGGCUUCUGCAUCCCUCUCAUAGUGAUGAUCUUCUGCUAUACCAACAUCAUCCGCACCUUGCUCAAGACAAGGAACUUCCAGAAGCACAAGGCCCUGCGGGUCAUCCUGGCAGUUGUGGCGGUGUUUGUUAUCUCUCAGCUCCCGUACAACGGCAUGUUAGUCUUGGAAGCCACUCAGGCAGCCAAUACGACAAUUACAAACUGCGAAGAGGUCCAGCGCUUUGACAUCACUGGACAAGUUCUGAAGAGUUUUGCCUAUAUGCACAGCUGCCUAAACCCGUUCCUUUACGCCUUCGUUGGAGUGCGUUUUAGAAAAGAUGUGAUCCGAAUUUUCCAAAGCCUUGGCUGUUGUCCAACCCUCAAGAGCUCCAAGUUGUUGUCAGGAAGCCUUCACCGCCCAUCUGUUAUGUCAGACACAGACACCACCAACGCGCUCUCAUUGUGAACACUGUAAAAACACUGUCAGCUUAGCAAAAGCUUCUGUUUUGAUGCAGGUGCUUAGCAUCUGAGUUUCAAAACAGAAGUUCAGCGUUCCAUAAGAGCUCUUGCACGCUUGAAAACAAGCUGUCUGGUGGAGCGCGAAGUAACCUGCUCACCACAAUGAGAUGGCUGCAACCUUGAAUAUUGCAUAACAAGAGUUCUCUCUGUUUGACUGAGCCAUUAAUAUGAAUGUCAGAUCCUGAUCAUAUAAUUGUGUACUGUAUAAACAGUGUGAACAGUGUUGCGGCAGGGACUGAUAUGCCUAUUUAACUGUUACAAUAUUUUCCAUCUCAUGUUCAGCAUUAAUACUUCCAGUUUAUCAGAUGUUGGAUACCAACAUGAUUUGUCAUGUACGAGCACUGAAUUCCUUCUAAAAGUGUUUUUCUUCUAAAGGAUGUUACGAAUGUUUAUGAAUGUUAUUUUAUAAUGCUAUUUUUUGUCUUUUAAUUGCUGCAAAAGUAUAACUGUGAAUGUAAACUGUGCCAGUUGUGUACAUUCAGGGUUUUGUAUCUGUAUUUUUUUCACAUCACACCAAACAUAAUGUUGUAUAUAAGUAUUUGCUGCUCAUUUUGUAAAAUUUCAAACAGUAUAUUAUAUAGAAAAUGUUAAUAAAACCUGAUAUACAGUCUU